AUGCUCCAGCAGCCUCAAAGGGACGAUGGUGGAGGGCUGGUAAAGAUGGCGGCGCUCUCCGAGGAUGGGAGAUACGGUUUAAAUUGUGGCCCAGAGAGCGCAGAUAGAGUCACCGUUUUGCACGUGAAAUUGACUGAGACAGCACUGAGAGCCAUAGAGAGCCACCAAAACUGUAUGGUGAGUGAAAUAUCUGUCAAUUUCAGUAAAAAAAAAAAAAAAUCCAUCUGGGACUGACGGGCUGACACAGCUCGUCUCAGCUGGGAAGCUCAACUGCCACGCACAGCUAAAGCUACGAAGUUAGCUAAGCUGUUGACAGAGCGACUUUCUGCUUGUUUUAUUGUCAUUAUAUUAGACGUAGGAGAUUUAACAAGUCGACGGAGGCGGUAAAUGAGACCUCGAUGUUACACUCUGACUGGGUUUUACGAAGUGACAAGCGAUAUUUAACCUAAAAGAACAGUUGGCAAAGUUGGACACCCUGGUUAGCCAACGUUAGCUCUAGCUUACUUUGAACUGAACCCCCCUAUGCCGUACUUUGCUGUGCUGGCCAACAGAGUCAUUUCUUUUUAUCUUGCCAAAUAACCUUUGCCUUAACCAAAUCUUGAACAUAACAACCCUAAAUACUAAUAUUUUUAUAUAAUAUAAUAUAUAUGUCGAAGAAUUAAUGCGCCUUCAUGAGACAAUCCAUAUGUGAUUAAGAUCAACUAGUUAGGAACAAGCUUAAACUUUUAUUCGACGCUGUUGCUUGUGUGACUUAAUAUGAAAUAUCUGGAAAUUUCAGGCAAAUACAACUUGAAAAAUAUUUUUAAGUAUGUCGCCACUGCUAGUUUUACCAUAUGGUGUAAAGUUCACUAGCUGUAAAGUGAAAGACAGCACCAAAACCUGUCCUGACGCUCGUACCAGACCCCCCUUCACAGCUUUAAAACACAACCAUUAAAAUGUUGAUUUUAACAUAUGUUUCACCUUUACUCACAUAAGUACACAAGUUGUUGCUAAUGUGAGUAAUGGCCUUACAAGUUAACACGGAGCAGAUAUUUAAUUUUGUCCAGUUAGCCAUUUUGCUGGGGACUUUUUGUAUAAAUAAUUUAACAUCCACAUAGGAGGAGUAUCGAUGGGCAAGCAGUGACAGAUACAUAAUAACAGCUAAGAGCUUGUAUGCUUUUGUAUAAGUGUAACUCUAUUGCAAAUACUGUUUGUUCACAUAUUCUUAGUAUAUCUGUCAUCUGCGUUUCACUCUUGAGCUUUGACAACACCAGUAAUUGAGAAGCCUCUGCAACUGGGUGUGCUAAUAAGGCGCUGCUGCAUAACUGUGCAGAUUAAAUAUAACUUGUUAAUCUUAAACUGUGUAAAUAGUGUAAUCUUGUUGAGGUGCGACACAGGUGAACUAAUCUGGUGAGACCUGCAGUCUUGAGUUGCAGAGGCCUGGAGCCAAGUUACCUGAUGGAAACUCAGCCAUCAACAACGCUGUUACAUAACACUGCAUGGGCCAAUGUCUCCGCUUAGGGUUGAUGCACUGUAUGGCCUAGUGUGGGGCUAUAGUGUUCAGAGGUCUGUGCUUUUUAUGGCACAUGGUCUGUGUCAGUGUGUAUGACUGUUUGCCACACAUUAUCCAAAACAUGGAUGUCCAGCAUUUGAUCACAUGAAAUUAAAAGGUAGUUAUUUUAGAGCUCCUAAAAUGUGAAUUAGGACACAAAUGUCAAUUAUAAGACUUCUGGCAAAGGGAAUGUGAAUGAAUUGUACUCUGACAGCCUAUGCUACAACCUUUUGGAUGUGGUAAUGUUGGUUUGCAAACUGCAUUGAACAGCAGCCUGCCAUCUCUUGCUGACUGAGCAGCCAAAACUGCCUGCUUUUUGUUUCUCUCUCCCUCUCAGUAAUGUGUGCUAGAGCUCAACCAGUCAUCGAACUAUGGAAGCUGGCUAUCUUUGUCUUUCUGUGGUGAUGUGAAAUGUGAUCAGAACUGUGUGUGAGUGAGUGAGUGAGUGAGUGUAUGGAUAGUGGGGGAGGGAGCCGGUCAGUGGCUUGAAGUAGCUUAGCUUUCACCCCCAUGACAUGGCUCUUUCAAAACCUGACCAAAGUAUGCAUUUAAUCCAUAAUGAUCUGCAUCUUGUUUCAUGUAUGACUAAGCAAGUAUAUUUAAUGCCGAGGAAUGUAGGGAGGCUGUUGUUGAUAAAAUGUGCAUUCCUCUCAAACCAGUUGACGCAACAUUUCAGAAGUCUAGCCAACUAGUUCCUCUGUUGGCUCAAGCUGUGUGAAAAAAAGCAGAGUCCUGUGCUCUCCUAUGCUAACCUGUGCUGCUGUAAAGCCACUGCAUAUUUGUGGUUUUCAACUCAGUUUCAAGUAGACUCCAACUCAAACCUGCAAACCUGCACAAAACAAAGACUUUCCAAAAAUACCGUCUUCAAAAUAUCUGCUCUAUUUUGGUGUCAUCCAAGUUCCACUGCCACCAUUCACAUAGAGCAAACAGUUUUUUGCCUACCACCUACCUCUAAACCACUAAAAAGGCCACACUGGUCAUUGACUCACAUGGCUGCACUGUAGAUCCAAAGUUAAGAACUCAAAUACUUUGAGCCAAAGCUUGGCUGACAGGGGGGGACUGUCAUCAAGUACUUGUGGCUGACAGUCACGUCUGGUCUCUACAGCUUGAUGAGUUAAACUGUCUAUUUUUAUAACUGCUAAAUCUUUCAAAAUCACAAAAAACAAACAAUUUCUUGGCUCUUGAUUCUUAAAUACUGGUGUUUCUGCAUUUUUCUCAUAUAAAAGUGGUUGUCGGGGAAAAGAAACCCAACAACAAAGUGAAUUUCUUGUUAGUGUGUUCAACGGAUUAUAAAUAUUAGUGAAAUGGUGAUGAUGAUCUUUAGAUGCAGCGCUCAUUCGACAUAAUUCCAACUCAGACUUUUGUUUUAACACAGUUUUGCAAACAUACUGACACCUCUUUGGAAAAGGGAGAUUGUCUUUCUGCAAGCUCUUCAGGUUUUCUCUUUUGCAUUAUGAGUGCAGAUUACCAACCAGCUAUUUAGUCUGACACAAACACAGAGAGCACAUGUUUGUCCGUCAGUCAGCCCCCGCAGUGCGAAGUACGAGGUAUGCUUGGUGUGACAGGACCCUAAGGCUCUGCUGUUUCUGCAACCAAAUUUUCUGAAUUCUGAAGUAAAAGUCAAGAACACAACAGAUUCUUUGUUCAACUUAGCUGAUUACUCUUGGCAUACUGCUUUUGAUUUUAAAAUGUUGAUCAUUCUCUCUUUUCAGAAUGUAUCUUCUUCGCAGCCAACAAUACAAUUCAAGGGACUCCAAGGGGUAAGUGCUGUUAUUUAAAUCUUGGAGUAAUCACAAUCAUUAAAUGUGGCUGGAUCUGUGCAAAUUGUUAGCAGCGAGAUAGAUGUUGCUCCCUUACAAUGCAAGUUAUUUAGUGACCCUUUAUUCGUUCUGCACUAAUUUUAAUUUGGUCCAAUAAGUCCAAUGUUUCAAUUACAAUUGUAUUGAAGGCUAGAUGACAAGACUUAACCCAGGAGAUUAAAACUUAAAUAUGCAACUACCUAAGAAUGAUGUAAUGACGCUAUCACAGUUACAAAGAAGCAGCUCUGUCUGCUAGUUUUGAUAUGCAAAUCAAUUCUGGUGUUGAAUUUCAGUCCAAGUCACAUAGUGCACACAAGAACUAACUAAACAAUUUCUCCUCUCAGAUGAAUUAUGGACAAGUUAGAAGUUUUGUUGGGCUGAGUGCAUCCUUUUGCACAGUGAAAGCAGAGCCACAACAUGAUUUUCCAACUCAAGGGCUUUUUUUCUGACUGUGCCUGCAAGCACCAUGACAAUGCACUGGUACUGUGGACAAACAGGAAUUCACAUGAACACCGUGGCAGUAAUGUCAUGGGCACAGUUUAGACUUGAAGUUUAUGAUGCAUACAACAGUGGCAAAGUGGUGCAAUAUUAAAACAUGUUCCUACUACACUAAAGGUCCUUACACACCGGGGCCGACACAAAUAUAGAAAGCAAAAUCAUGAAAUAUUCAGAGGACAAUUUUGAUGCGCCUGACUAUACACAUCAAGCCUGAUGUGAUUUUGCGACUUUCGGGGGUGAAAAAGACACAUCCUGGGUGGAAGCGAGAAGACCGUUUUCAGUUCUGAUUAGUGUUGAGAUGGCUGUCUGUCCUGAUAGCAUGUACUGAGUCGGGGCCAGUACCAGAUAAGCACAUUAAACUAUAAUCCAUAAACAGAAGGUAACAACUGAGACCUGAUGGUGCUGUGACAGCAACGCUGUGAUUGAGUUUGAGACAGUGAAAAUACAUAUGGUAUGUUGUAUCUGAACAGGUUAGCUUACGAGCUAAAGUUACUUAGCGCAGAUGAAAGUUAAAACAAACUGUUAAAGCACACAAACCAUCGUCACAUGAGAAAUCCAAUGCCAUGACUCUCCACAAGUUGUCCUUCAGGUCGGUAUCUUUGUAAUAUUUGUGUCUUUUAUCAAAAAGCACUCUGUUCUCCGACACGUAAACAAUCAGCCGGUCGGCCAUGUUGGAUAUACCGGUGAAUCAGACGUCGCAACAACAUGCAAUCUGAUUGGUCAGAAACUUUAAAAAAUCGACCAUGAUACGAAAAAAUAAAUGCUGCAAUAUCGCAGGGAUGGUUGCUACAUCUCCAAAAACUUAACACUGCACUGUACUCCAUAAUUAAUUUAGGACUUUUUAUUAAGUAAGAGAGAUGCAGUUUUUACCCGAAUGUUACUUUGCUACACUGGUUGAGUUUGAGCAUUUGUCUGUUAACUGCACGUAACAAAUCAACAUGGAGUCAGUACAUAUGAUGGCGGUCUUUCCACUCUGAUUUGAAGCUUCGCUGCAGUAGAGAUCUUGCAGAGGUUUUUCUCUCUGCUAUCUCCAGUUUUUUUUUUUUGUUUUUUUUUUUUGUUUUUUUUUACAUCAAGAGCCUGAGCUCCAACGUAGACACUCGGUGUGUUUACAUGCACUUAAAGAAGUGCAUUUAUUGCAAUAGUCAAACUAAAACUGGACUUUCAAAAUGUAUGUAAACAUGUUAGACUGACUGAAAUCACUGUGAGAUUGAACUUCUCAUAGUGGAACUAAGAUACCUCAAUCAAAAACUGGCCCAUACAUACUGCGCAUGCCCUCAUGUUCGCACACCAGGCUCUGAGCUGGUGGUUGAUUAGCAUGGAUGUGUUGCUGGGAAGCCAAAUCGUAUAGAAAACUUUGACUGACAAAGAAAAGGACAUAAAAAAGAGAAAACGUCACAGAGCUAUAGAGCAAUAUUAAUUUAACAACCUGAGUCCUUUUAAUAUGAGGAUGAGAUUGGAAUUACAUGUUUGGACUUCAUCAGGAUUUCUGAACCCCAUAAACCACAAUUAAUUUGUUUAUCAGAGCUUUAACUCAUUUUUUUUAUGUUAGAUAACACAAGACUUCUACUUGCUGAGUAUUUUUGUCUUAUUAAAAAGCCUAUGAUCUGAGCUUUUCUGCUACAUUGGUUUUUAGCACAGGCUGCUGAUCUAACCUAUAAACCAGCUUUAGGGUUAUAUUGUAUAAGAUUUGGACAAAUGUAACACAGUGUUUAGCCUGGCAGGGCUAAAGGGCUUUUCUCCCCCUGCUUCUCAGAUCCCUGAUCUGCUCUGUCCACCUGUGGCUUCAUGAUAGUUGAAACUGCUGUAGCUCAACAUAUUUUAGAUAACAUCAGUCCUCAAACAACAAAGCAGCCACGACUUUUGUGUGCUCCCAAACUUUGUUGGGCAGUUUUCUGAGUUUUUAAUGAAAGAGUUUGAGUGAGGACUGUUUGAGGGGAGGGGCAGAGCGCAGGCUCUGCUGUAAAGGAAGAAAAGUUACCUGUGACUACUCCAGUCGUUACACAAGACAAAAGAAGCACAACUCAUCAGACAGCCAGGUGACUGAAUCAUCUUCUUGUCAUGAUUGUGGGAAGCCAGAAUCGUAACUGAAAUCAAUGUUUCAUCAAUCUCCUGGCCCUACUUUCAGAUGAAACUGACCAUCUUGACUGCUUUGUUUUGGCAUCUGUUUUUGCUUGGUUGAAUUUAUUGUAUUCCUGGCAUGAUGAUUGUUUGGAUAUUUGAUUAAAUUGGUUGUUAUGCUUUGCCACGCCAUCGCUAUUCCUCGAAAUGUGCUUUGCACAAACAGCAAGUUGCAGUCAGAAUUGUUGAUGGAAAAACAGGAAUGAAAAACAUUUCCAGACUGCUCCAGCUCUCUGCCCAGAGAAAUUCACUGACCUGCUAAUGCCUUCAUGAAGUUGUAUGCACACAUGUUGUAAAUACAGAAUAGCUUAAGAACUGAGUCGAAUAGUUCUGCACACUUCUAACCUUUUUGAAUUUUUACAGCGCAUUAAAAUUCCCAAGACUGACUCCUCCUCUGACACCUUCCACAAUUUCGAUUUUUACCUGUCUAAUGUGGGCAAGGACAACCCUCAGGGAAGCUUUGAGUGCAUCCACCAGUAUGUGUCCAGGUAAAGGCAAUCAUAGUUCUUCCCUGCUUACUGUUAUACUCUUACCAUGUGUUGUUAGAAAUCAAUCCCUCUGUGUCUCCAGCUCAGGGGCCUCACACCUGGCGUUGUUGGCCACAGUACAGGACAAGGUCACAGUGUGCGCCACUAAUGACUCCUACCAGGUGACCCGAGAGCGCAUGGCCCAGGCUGUUGAAGACACACGUGAACGUGGGACCAAAGUCAUCAAACCUGGGGGCCAGUAUAGAGGUAAGACCCUCAUUUCAGUCUCACCUUUACCUGCUGCUGUCAGAUAUCCGGAUAUAUCUCCAACUCCACAUCCUGUCACCAUUGCCUCUCUCUUUUAAAGCUUGGUCACUUUAGAGAGACUGAAUGGGGGGGAGAGCUGGCUGCCUGUCUCUUUACAAAGCCAUUAUUGCUACUGACUAAGCCAUUUGCUGUCUCAGUAUUUUACAGAUUAGCAGUCUGAGUGAUAAAAGCCAAAGGUGGUAGGUGAAGCUGUUUCUGUUUAAUGCAGUGUUUCCCCUAGCUUUUUCGUUUUGGCGGGGGUGGGGGGGUGGGUGGCGGGUGGCGGGAGAUGAGCCAGCGCUGUUUUCGGGGCUGGGAGAGAUGCUUAAGCUAGCUCAAGAGAAUGUGCGGCGUCCAAGUCACUACACACCGUCUUUCUGAUGAAUACUGAUAUUUUCUGUUGGGGUGUUGAACGUUCGGGGACAGUUCGGUGCUCCAUGACUAGUUUUUCUUUUUAUUGUUUUGUUGACGGAAAACACGAUGUGAAGGAGCCAGAACUCCAGGUCCUCAAAAAUAUCCUGCGCAAAAUUGGCAGGGUAUGAGCCACUGAACUACACGGCGUGGCGUGUUCGCAGACGUGCAGAAAGCCCCACUCAUCACAGGAGCGGAGAGAUACAUUUUUCUUGAAAGUAAUAUGAUUGCGAGCUAUAGAGUCUGAAAUUGCAUAAAUUAUAUUUGAUAGGUUAUUUUGAUAAAAUUAAAAAAUAAACAUAUAUAUUAAUCUAUAACUGGCAGGAUGGGGCGCCCUGCCAAAUACACUAUAGGGCAGUGGUUCUCAAGUCCAGUCCUCGAGGCCCACUGUCCUGCAUGUUUUGGAUGUUUCCCUGCUCCAACACACCUGAUUCAAAUGAUUAGCUCGUUAUUAAGCCAUUACAGAGCUUGAUAACGAGCUGAUCAUUUGAAUCAGGUGUGUUGGAGCAGGUAAACAUCUAAAACAUGCAGGACAGUGGGGGCUUGAGGACUGGACUUGAGAACCACUGCUAUAGGGAAAACACUGUUAUGACACAAAGCCAGUCAAAGUAAUAGUGAGUAGGGAAGACACCAAGUGCUGAUCUUAUGUCACCUUUUGACUUACCCUUCAUGUUUUUUUUCACUUGUGAUGAACAUUACUUAACUAGCAGUUUCCUGUCCCAAGGUCUCACACAUACAGUAUUACCCAGGUUAACACAUACCUAAAUAUAGAGUUAUCUUUUAUUGUCUAAAUUUGGCAUAUUACACUCUUAAGCUUUUCUCAUAUGGCUUAUCCUCAUGUAGGGCAAGGGAGGUACUAUGUAAGACCUUACUGAUGUAAUGUCUUCUGCCAAGUGUGUUGUUAAUAGACUUAGCUGACUCCAACCAACUCCAGCAAACUAGAGAACAAACACAGGCUAACUAAAUACCAGCUGUUGGACAUGAAAGACAGCCUUGUACAUCCCCAGGGUGAAAAUAUGUGUAGAGUAAAGUGUCUUUGAUAGAGUUUAAUAAGAGUUCUUUAAGAGUUUACUCAGAGUUUAAUGAACCACAACUUUCAUUUUUCUACAGCGUAAAUUUUUAUCUUGAAACUGCUGACUGCUGUUAUGAAAAUGGCAGUUAUGACUCUGUAAAAGUCUAUCUUUAGAGAAAUUAUGAAAUGAAAGCAGAGGUAGGAGACAUGAAAGUGAAAUACAACUGCGUGGAUAUGUACUGAAGCAGAAAUGCUGAGCAAUCCAGAGACUUUACAAUGGAGACAGGUGACAGGUGUCUCUAUUUGUUCCUCCUUAUAAACGUCCUGGGUUUAUCUGAUACUGUCAACGAAAGAAUUAUUGGUAAGGAAAUAGAGUAGGAAGCAGUGACAGAUUUAUUUUCAUGGCAAUAACAAACAGAAACCUACCAGGGUAAUAUACAACGGAUCAUUCUGCCUUCUUUGUAUUUAUGAACUACACUUUUCCCUCAGUUAGACUUAUUCUUCAGAACCUGUAAAAUCAUAUUUGAUACUUAACUUUUAAAGUAUUAAAGCUGAGCAUUGGAUAAUGUAUGUAGACGCUUACCAAAGACUCCCUUCAACAAACCACCAUAGAAUUUUAGUCCAUUAAAUUCCUAUGCAGGUUAAAGCUUCCACAGAUCUCUUGAUCUGGGCCCUAGGGAGGAAUUUGCAUCAAGUGGCCCAGAUAGAAACUGGGAAACGAGAGAAGCAGCAGCAGCAGAGAACAAGGGGUGGGACGGGAGUCUGGAGCAGCUGGUUUGGAGUUAGCACCCUAUUUACUAAUGCAAAAGGGGCAUUCAGCGUCUUCUUUUCACAGGCUGCUAAUUUCAGGUAACCGCCUCAAGCUAGUGUUUUUAUCUUAGUCUCCGGUGGCCUCCAUCUUUUACUUUGAAAUGCACAUGUAUGGGUUCCUUCACUUGUGUUGUCUAUACUGUCCCUAUUUACUGAAUAACUAUUCCUGUAGGACGACUCGAUUACAUAAGCUUUUCACUUGCGGCAAUCUGCUUUUAGACGGUUAGACAACCUAAAGUCUGUAAGCUUACACCACCUCCCUUUGCUCCUUGUUUCUGUGUUUUGACUUAAAGGGAAGGGAGGUGUUUUUUUUUCCCUUUCUCAUCCUCCCUCUAACCUUAAUCUUUUAAAGAGCUUUGCAUUUUCAGAAUGGUCAUGAAGCUAUAAGCGACAAUGUGUAGGCAUCCUGACUCAAUCCUGACCUGUUAACACUGACAUAAGGCGUUUUGUUUUUUUUACACAUUAGUCUAAGUUGAUACAGUAAACUGCACACCUGAUCGCUGCUCUGUUCUUAAGAGAAGCUCUGUUACUAUCUAAGAAAAUAUCAUCACUAUUGUCUAAUAGUGUUGUUUUCGGUCAUUGAACUCUAUGAACUCCACUUCAGUGAAUAAGUUUUAUGAUGAAAGACAGGAGUUCUGCUGAGCAAAUAUGUGACAAAGAAAAAACGUGCAGACAUAAACUCCCCUAUGGAUGUAAAAAGUUUUCAAUGUUGUCUUUUCCUCCUGUCUCUAGGAAAGCAAGUGCAUAUCCGCAAGCCAGCGUUAUCGGCCCCUGAGGUGGUUCCUGAGCGCAAACGCUCCACACCUAUAAACCCAGCCAACACUAUUCGUAAGUGCCUUUCCAAUAACCCUGUGUCCCAGCGGCCUUUCCGGGACCGCAUCAUCCAUCUGCUGGCACUGAGGUCUUACAAGAAGCUAGAGGUGCUCGCACGUUUGCAGCGGGAUGGCAUCAAUCAGAAGGACCGUAACUCUCUGGGGACCACCCUGCAACAGGUACUGAUAGGGAGCUUUUUUGUACUAUUUCUUCAAAUCAAUAAAAGGAUGUUAGUCUCCAGGCAGCAACUUCAAAUAGAUAUACAGAAAAGAAUUCAGCAGAAAUACAUUUGGUUGUUGGGCACUAGAUCAAUGUGAUUGAUGAAAUGUUUGGUUAGAUUUUAAUAGUGUAUACUUCUCAUAAACAUUAGAUCUUCCUGAUAAGAUCAGGUCCACAUUUUAAAGACUUCAUUCACUUUGAUACGAAAGAAAACCACCUGAUUGCUCAACAUUAUUUCCAUGCACAGAAACUAGACCAGCACAGGAAGUGGAAGUUUCUAAAGCAGACAGGGUUAAACUUACCGUCAAACUUUGUGUGUGUGUGUUUCUGCGUUUGUACAAAACAGGUGGCAACCCUGAACCCCAAAGACAACACAUAUUCAUUAAAGGACUUCAUGUAUCGCGACGUCCAGCGAGAAUGGCCUGGUUACUCCGACGAUGAGAAGUCUCAGGUGGACCGGAUCCUGGCUCGGUAUUAAAAUAGACAACAGCUUUUCACUCACUGUGUGAACACAGAAAUGACAAAAAUGGUGUAUUUCAACUCUUUGGUUUAGGCACACUCUCCUCUCCUUUGGCAUUUUCCUUUAAGUAUUUCAUUUUCAUCGUCUUUGCAGAGAACCAGAUAGUGUUUGGAAAUACUGUAGCUGAAUUGAAUUCAUUGUGACUACAGAUGUUUUGCUUUCUUGAGGAAGUCCACUAUCUUAAACUGCUAUCUUUGAUUUUGCAAGGACUCAUUACUCAAUGAUUAUAUUAAAGGAGUAAAGGACCAUUUUGCAUCUUAACAAUCACUCACAUGAUAAACACCCUGGUAUUUACCAUACACUGUAAAUAAGAGAGAGGAUGGAGGACAUAAGAGUCAUAUACAGGCUUCCCCAUAGAUAUGAAACAAGAGCACAUAGAUGCAGUGAUAGAUUUCUGAGCUGGGAUUCAAACUCAUUUGACAGCAUUUGUAUCCAGAUGUUGUGUAUAAAAGGCACCCUGUAGAUUUACUUAGCACCCUCCAGAUGCAUUGUCUGUUGGGACCUGAAAAACAUGAAUGAAACUCUUCACACACCAGUGAUUCAUAAAGCAGCUUAUGUUGAUACAUCAUUUACAUGUUCUUCUUUUAUGACACGUCCGGUUUGAGCUUCUGUGCUACUUCAGCGUUAAAGGAAAUAUUACAAACAGUGUUUUUAAUGAUGAAAUUUUAACAGGGGGUUAAAUUGUCGUAAUGGUGGUUGAUCACUAGACCCCUCUUUCUUGCGUCACUCUUGACCUCGCUUUUCCUUUCUUUACAGCAAAUUAGGUCUCUCUGCUGAGGCUCCAUCAUCAAGUAGUUCUCCCAAAGAAUGCGUCCCUACGUCUCCCCAGGUAUCUCAAAAGAAGCACAUUAACACACACUCCCAAAUAGAUGCCAGUAAUUGUUUCACUAAAUUUGUGUUGUGUACUCCAGAAGCGCCUGCCAGACUUUGACUUCAUCGACCCUUUGGCGCCCAAGAAAGCCCGCAUCUCCCACCUCAGUAACAGAGGGCCAGCCAUAUCUUCAUCCUCAUCCUCCUCUGAGCGCCGGGAGGACGAGGGCAGCCCUACUUCGAAAUGCUCGUCCCUUCCCUCCAACAUCACUUCAGGCCCUCCCACCCAUCUCCCCGUCUCUUCCCACCCUCCUGCUCCCUCUCACCAGCAGCCCAGCCCGGCCUCCCACUCCAACUCACCCAGCACCCCAGAGGGCUGCGGCACCCAGGACCUGCCCAUGGACCAGAGCUCCUCCUGCAGGGACCCUUCACCCAGCCCUUUCUCCUCUGACAGGACCCUGCAGGACCGCUACCGACACCCCGUCCCCGUCCCCAGACCAGCCGCCUCACCCAGCCCUCCCCCUCCUCCUCCUCCCCCACUUCCUCCUCCUUGCACAUCGCUAACAGUUACCUCCACUGUCAUCAGUGGCCCUCCCUCGUCCAGCAGCACCAACAAGAAGUUCAAAAAGAAAUCUAAGAAGCACAAAGAGAAGGAUCGAGAGAGGGAGAAAGGGAAACGGAUUGAAAGAGACAGCAGAAGUCCUCCCUGUGAAGCUGUGCCGCCUGAAGAGACUCGCAAAGCAAAAAAGAGACGCAUGGCUGAGGAGGAGCAGAGCAGAGAAAUCAGUGAGAAGAAUCCUCACAAAGACCAAGGUUUGUUUCGGUCUUCAAAUAUCAGUAUAUUUCACCUUCACUGUCUUAGUGACCGUAACACAAUGGCAUUAUACACAAUAAUAGUGUCGUUUUUUUCAACAUAAAUACAUCCAGCACAUACAUGUCAUCUGGUCCUCAUUUAUGUUAUACCAUUCUGAUGAACGUAAACCAUAACUUAAGGGCAACACCAAACCCCUGUUCUGGUUAAUAGUACUGUCAGCUGAGUAACUACAGGAAAAGACUCAAAAGUUGUGCAACCCACAGAGAAUUGUCUCCAUUUUUAAGAGCCUUUAACUCGACCUCGACAGUGAAAAUCUGUCCAACACCUAGCUGCAAAGUUUAAAAGUGCUCUGUGCUGUUGUCGGUGACCGAAUCAAGAAUUUCUCAAUUCUUUCUCACUUUAGGCCGACACACCCAAAAGUCAUCUUUGAGAGAUUUCUGAGGGUAUAAAAAAACACACAAGAUGAUGAGUCACAAAUGACUGAAAUCUCUGACCUGCUUUAGUGUCAGAGUUCUGAUGUUGUGAAUCCUGGCUCACUGUCAUGACUUUAAUGAAUAAUCCUGAUAAGUUGAGGCGUCUGCUCUGAAAAGCCCUGUCUAUGGUCGAUGUUGAAGGCAGUUGUUGGCAAAUUUGUUGGUCAAACAAACUAAAGUGAGGCUCCAUGCACUGGGCCCUGUUAGCUUGGGUUUUUUUUAGGUAUUCUGCCCCCUAGUGGCUAUGAAUGAGUAAUUGUUUGUAGAGAACAGGGUGGUAUAAUAUUAAAAGUGUUACUGAUAUUUUGCUCUUCUCAAGAUGUCCAAAGAAUCAAAACAGAGCACACUUUUAAAUGUAACACACCCUGCACACCAGCACCUCUGCUGUGUCUUCAGUGAUGAAUAAGAACAGUCUGAUCUGAGUUUGGUGAAUGUGUUGGAAAGCAGAUCUAUUUUUAACUAAAAGGAGACUUGCAGAAGACUUGAAAAGAGCAGACAUCUUUUCUUUUUCUUUUGUAGCUUCAAACAUGAGGGUUGGUGUGGUUUUUUUCAUAUGUAGACUCACUCUUGUCAAGCUGCAUUCAUGUGCGCUGUGAGUGACGAGCCUCCUGUCUGAGCAUCCACAGUCAGUUUAUCUUUUCAGACUUUGGCUUGUUGUUCUGUGCGCCGGUGUUUAUCUCUUCUGUCUCUUACAUACAGUUUAAACGUUGAUUACACUGAUUGGCAGGAAGGCGUCUGGGCAUGUCAAGGCAUUGAUCUGAGCUCGUCUUUGCACUGUGGUCACAUGAUUGAAUGUUCCUCAGAAAAAAAUACAUAUGGAAGAAACAGGACACAAAAUCGCAAACAGGGAAAAAACCUUAAGCUGCAAACUGGUUCUUUUUAGAAAUGUAAUUUUUGUAUAUAAUGGAUCUGAAAUUCAGUCAUCACUCUUUUCUUCUUCCUCUUCAGAUUCUUCUGAUAAAGUCAAGCCAGUCCAAUCCAGUGAGUUCUCCUCCACCAUUGAGAUGCCUGACUAUGUAACGUAAGUAGUUUUUAUAAACCUCAAAGUUUCUAUGGUGGGACUCUCUAUCUUUUGGCUUUUACAUAUCACAGACACAUACAACCACUGUGUGGUAAGACUGAACAGACAAAAUCUUGAAAACAAGACAGAAAUGUAGCAAACGCACGUCUUCUUUUUUGGAAUUUUUUCUGUCAUAGAUGUUUCAGGGCCGUUUGUUGCACUCCUUACGUCUCUGUUCGGCGUGGGGAAUAUGUAAAUCACUGCAUAUCUAACAUGCGGAAGCACAGAUGUUAAACCAGACUCUGACUGAACCUUUCUUUCUUAAACUUAUCUAUAAAGUCUGAAGUAUUUUUGAUAUAUAUACAAAAUAAAAGAAAAUGUUUCUUUUACCGUUUACAGGAAGUACUUGCCACUGGUGUCCAUGGACCAGAGACAAAGCUACAAGAACGACUUCAAUGCAGAGUAUGAUGAGUAUCGCCUGCUGCACGCCCGUGUGGAGAACAUCAACCGCCGCUUCACCCAGCUGGACACCCAAUGCAGGAAGCUGGCGCCUGGCACCAAAGAAUAUCAGGUAUUUAUUUGUAAACGGCAGCACGAGUGCUCCGAGCUGACGCAGAAUCUCAUCUUUUUCUUGUAGCGGUUUUGAAUAUGAAGUCUGAAUUUUCCAUCACUAUAAAACAAAGAAAGAGCCUCUUUUGGUGGUCCUGUGUUCUUGUUCAUCAUUUUGUUUUUUAAGCUAACGAAGCGUUUGGCUUGUUCAGAACUGUUUGCUACAUAGGAAUCACAAAGGCGUGUGUUUUCCCCUUAAAACGAGCAUACAGUUGGUUAUUAAUGUCCUUGACACUUCACAUCUGUUUGUUGAUCCACUGGGAUGUACAACCAGCAGGCGGCACAUUAUGUUCAGUGUUUAAAGCCAUCAGCUUCAUUUCCAGGCUGCUGCUGUCGUGCCAAAUCAUCAGUCAGAGAUCUUAAGUUUGGAUUUCUCUAAAAGCUUGGUGAAGCAUUUUUCAACAUCAGCCUCACCAAAACUGUCAACACAGCGUCCCAUCACGUUCUAUCAGACUGCAUGAUAUGUUAGUGUUUAUUUGUACGACUAUAUCUGUCUCAGGGGCUGUACUGAACAUGGUUCUUCUUUUCCUUUUACAGAAGAUUCAAGAGGAAGUCUUGAAAGAGUAUAAAAAGAUGAAACAAGUAAGUAGCACCUGAGCAGGACUUGUGCUUCACUGGUGGGUUGCUUGCUGUACUUACAUAGUGUGUGUUUGUGUUUUGUGUUUUACAGUGCAGCCCAAACUACCAUGAGGAGAAACAGCGCUGCAAGUACUUGCACAACAAGUUGGCUCACAUCAAGCGUCUGAUAGCUGAUUUUGACCAGCGCAGAGCCCAGGCCUGGUGCUGA